AUGGCCUAUGACCGCUACAAUGCCAUCUGCAGACCCUGGUAUUGCACAACCAUCAUGAGCAGCAGAGCUUUUGUUAUAAUGGCAGCAGCUGCCUGGGCCAGUGGCUUUCUCCAUGCUCUUCUGCACACUGGGAACACAUUUUCCAUUCCGCUCUGCCAAGGCAAUGUGGUAGAGCAGUUCUUCUGUGAGAUUCCCCAGAUUCUCAAGCUCUCCUGCUCAGACUCCUACCUCAAGGAAAUUUGGCUUCUUGGGGUUGGUCUUUGUUUAUUCCUUGCAUGUUUCCUUUUCUUUGUGGUGUCCUACAUGCAGAUCUUCAGAGCUGUGUUGAGGAUCCUCUCUGAGCAGGGCCAGCACAAAGCCAUCCCUCACAUGGCCAUGGUAUCCCUCUGUGUCGGUAUUGCAGCAUUUGUCUGCCUGAAGCCGCUGUCCAGCUCCUCCCCAGCUCUGGAUCUGGUGCUCUCCAUUCUGCACUCAGUGGUGCCUCCAACAGUCAACCUCCUCUUCUACAGCAUGAGGAACAAGGAUCUAAAGAAUGUGCUGAAGAAACUGCUCAGUUAG